CCACCUUUUUUUUGGUAUAUAUUCAGCAGAAUUUGCACAUUACAUACAACAGAUCACCUCUCUUUCAACUCUUAUCACUUGCCUGAGGAUCUCUACAGCGGGCAUUUCCCCAACGUUCAUUCUUUUACAUUCGUUUCUCGAUCAAAGUCUUUAUCUUUCUUUCACUCGCUUCACCUGCUUUUACAUUCGUUUCUCUUGCAAAGCGUUUCGAUCAUCAUGCUUCUCUCCUUCCCCAAAGUCGCCUUGCUCGUGGCCUCUUUGGCAGCCUUCGGUCAAGCGGCGGAGGGUACGCGUGAAUCCAAAGAGUGCCAAUUCUACAAAGGGAAAGAUGGUGAAGAUCCCCCCUUUGCCGCUUCUACCAUGGUAGGGUUGGGUGGACCAGGUGGCAUGGGGGAUUGGGACUGUGCUUCCAGGUGGCACGAAGGAGACACCAUUAUCGGAGUCGAAGGUUGGGCAACGGAAUUCGCCGUCGAGGGCAUAAAGUUCCACUAUGCAAGUGGUGAAGAGACACCCUGGUACGGGAGGAAAUACGAAAAUGACAACGGCCAUGCUAGCAUGAAGAUGAGGAAAGACAAGACAACCUGGGGGGCUGGCGAGGCAGUCGAUAUCAAGAUCAACGGCAACAGGAAGCAAAUGAAGGACAAAGAACAAUCCAACGGCAUUGGAAAGAUCGAAUUCUUCGUAAACGGCCAGUCUAUCUGGGCCGUUUGGGCCACUGGAAAGGGAGCCAUUCAAUCAGAUGCUCUUGAAGUCCCAAAUGGUGCAGGAAUCCUUCUUGGAGUUAAAGCCCGCGGCGUAGACUGGGUCGAAAGCUUGGAUUUCAAGUUCCUUAAGUCGAAGGUAGUCAGCACGACUCUGGUCGACAUGAAGCUUGAUGAAGAUCUAAAAGAUUGGAACGCCAGGAACCAGGGCUUGGAAAGAAUUGAUUUGAAAGACACUUUCUUCCUCAACCCGAACAAGCCGGGUGGGUCGAACGUCACCUACAAAUUCUCUAACAAGGAGUCACGCACGAAAUCACACUCGGUAGCGGACAUGAAAUCGCACAGUAUUACUGCGGGUGUAACAUUUACGGUUAAUGCUGAGUUUGGAGUACCGCUUAUUACCAAAGCGAGCGUUCAAACCGCGUGGAACUUUGGAUAUACAUUCGAGAUGCAGAAAACCACCACCAACUCGGAGUCAACCGCGACGGACCUCAGUUACGAUAUAGCUUCUCCUGGCGCGAGCAACUUCCUUGAACCUGGAAAAGCUGUCCAUUGUUCGGCCUGGGCAAUUAGCGGAACUUAUGAGAGUGAUUACACUGGCACUCUCGUAACAAAGCUAGAAGACGGCACUAAAUUUUCCUACCUCACUAAAGGCCAUGCUAGUAGUGUAUCUUAUGGAACCUCUGUGGCACAGUGCCCGGAGGUGGACAUCAAGGAUAUCCCUUCCACCGCUGAAGUUGGCGAGACUGAAUCUGCCAAAAGCAAAAGAGCUGUAGCUUUCCAAGGCUAA